AUGGCUGCACAGAAAAGAGGACUCGGUGACUCUUCAUCUACCCAUAAACCCAAAAAGUCGAGGACGGACCCGAAAUCGCAGCCUCAACCUACUUCUACUCUUCUGGCUGAAGAGGUCGACUUCCCGCGUGGUGGAGGAACAUCACUCACACCACUUGAAGUGAAAGCUAUUCGCGCAGAGGCGGUCAAAGAAGCCGAUGCUGAAUUGUUCGCAGAAGCCUCGACAGAAAAGAUGAGUAAAAAGAGAAAGCGCAAGUCAGAGGCUGUUCCUGCAGCGUCUUCUGGUCACAAGGAGGGAAAGGAUAGAAUACGCAUUGAACAUCUCAAUUACAAGCGUAUAAAUGUCGGAAUGAAGAUUUUUGGACAGAUUGCUGCUAUCCUACCACUGGCUCUCAUCGUCUCGCUUCCGAACCAACUCUACGCCCAUGUACCGAUUACCAAUAUAUCGACGCAAUUUACAGAAGCACUCGAACGGAUAGAGGCUCAAGAAUUUAGCGCUGAGGAAGACGAGAGCGAAGACGAGGAUGAAGAAAACAAACCUCCGAAGUCGUAUAUUCCUGAACUGACAGAGCUGUUUCGUGUCGGGCAGUAUGUCCGUGGAGUUGUUUCUGCAAUCCAUGAACCUGGCACAAGUGAUAUUUCUGGUAUAGGAAGGUCGCGAGACGAGGUUAGCAGAGCGAGCAAACGCGUCGAGUUGACACUAGUACCAGAUCGUGUCAAUACAGGCGUCCAGAAGUCGGGUUUGAAGGCAGGAUUCACCUUGACUGCCUCAGUGAAGAGUCGUGAAGACCAUGGAUAUAUUUUGGAUCUUGGGGUCGAGAAUGUGUCCGGGUUUUUGAACCCCAAGAAUGCAGAACAACCGAAUUUACAAAGGAAACUACAUGUUGGCUCAUUGCUAGACGUCACUAUCACCAAAUUAUCCUCCAAUGGUCGGACGUGCACCGUUAGUUGUGAUCCGGCAACUUUUGCAUCGUCGCAUCUCUCAGAUAUAUCUUCAGUGACUUCCAUGCUUCCUGGGACAUUGGUCCAGGGGCUUAUCACCGCCGUUAAUCCAACUGGCCUUAACGUUCAAGUUCUUGGUUUUUUCGAUGGCACAGUGGACCAAUCCCAUCUCGUAAAAGCCACCAGCGAGUACAAGAUAGGCAAGAAGAUCAAGGCGAGAAUUCUAUACAACUACUCAUCCUCUCCGCCAAAGUUUUCUCUAAGUCUGCUCGAUCACAUCAUCAAGCUGGAAGGUCGUUUGACGGCGGAUGAGCACGAAGAGCUCAAGGAGAGGACCGUGCAGGAAACGUAUCCUGUUGGGACAGUGCUAGAAGCAGUGAAAGUGAAGAGAUUAGAGGGAGAGCGAGGUAUCAUUGUCGAGAUCUCACCGACGUUGGAAGGAUUUGUCCAUAUAUCUCACUUAUCGGACGACCACGUCCCGUCGCUUUCAUCAUCGGGUCCUUGGAAAAUUGGCUCCACCCACCCAGCACGCGUCACGGGCUAUUUUGCGUUCGAUGGCGUCCUCCAACUGUCUCUAAAGUCUUCUGUUGUCCAACAAAAAUACUUCCAAGUUGCCGAUCUUGAAGCUGGAGAAUUGGUCAAGGGAACGAUCAAGAAGCUCACGGAUACUGGACUGUUCGUAUCGCUGUCAGGAGGUCUUGACGGCGUAGUCUGGCCCAAGCAUUACGCCGACAUUACCUUGAAGCAUCCCUCCAAGCGGUUCAAAGAGGGGGCUAACAUAAAGUGUCGCGUCCUCUCAGUAGAUCCCGACCGAAAACGAAUCGCUCUCACAGCUAAAAAAACUCUCGUAGAUUCCACUUUACCUAUCGUGUCAAAGCCAGAGGACGUUACAUCAGGCUUGUUAACGCACGCUGUUGUUUUCAAGGUAUCUGAGAAGCAUCUCCUAGUUGAGUUCUACGGCAACAUGAAAGCUGUGGUCCCGGCAAAGGAAAUCAGUGAUACCUCCAAAGGCCGGCUCGUAGAUGCAUUUCCACUAGGACGAGUUGUCAAAGUUCGCAUUCUAAGCAUCGAUGACGGACGCAUUGUUGCAAGCAUCAAACAAGCUGCGCCUAACUUUGACGCUCCUGGCGACAUCAACACAGUUGAAAUCGGGCACACGGUAGAAGGAACUUUGUCGGAAGUACACAAAGACCACAUUCUGCUCACUCUCCAGCCGUCCAAUGUCCGCGCACUUCUCUCUUUGAAAAAUCUUGCCAAUCACUGUGGCUUGGCUGUUUCUCAGCUUCGAACUAGUCUCCAGGUCGGUGAAAAUUUCGAUGAGCUCGUCGUAGUCACUCGAAAUCCAGAGAAGGGAAUUGUCAUUGUGGCCAACAAGCCGAAAUCAAAACCUACAGUUUUAGCGAAGGGUUCUAAUAUCACAAUAGAAUCCGUUGCUGUUGGCCAGCUUGUCGGCGGACGAGUGACUCGACAUACUAGUCAUGGUGCUUUGGUCAAGAUUACUUCCCACAUUGGUGGCAUCCUCCACCUGACUGAUAUUUUGGACAAUUUCGACUCCACGGUAUCGCUACCAGCUGUCGACAGCAUCAUCAAAGCCACGGUGGUGGCGAUAGAUGUAGCUAAACGACAGCUCAUACUUUCUACUCGCCAGUCAAGAAUGAGCCCACUUCAAAGCCAAGAGGUCGCUGAUCCAGAGAUUAGCAGUAUGUCCGAUUUGCAAAUCGGACAGACUAUUCGCGGGUUCGUGAAAAACAUUAUUAAUCAUGGCCUUUUUGUUACCAUUGGCCGGGAGAUCGAUGCUCGAGUGCAGAUCAAGGAGUUGUUUGACGAAUAUGUCAAAGACUGGCAAAGUCGCUUCAAAGUGCAGCAGGUUGUGAAGGGUCGAAUUCUCAGCAUCGACCUUUCCAGUAAGAAGGUGGAGCUUUCCUUCAGAUCGGGGGAUCUGUCCCAAAAGCGGCCUGCCACCCUCUCUGUAGGUGAUUUGAAGGCAGGCCAGAAAGUCAAUGGGACGGUGAAGAAGAUUGAAGAUUACGGGCUCUUCGUCCAGAUCGAGAAUUCAAAAUUCAGCGGUCUCUGUCACAAGUCGCAGUUAUCUGACAAUCCGGAUGCUGAUGUUGCCAUCGCGCUUCGAGGGUUCCGCGAAGGCGACCGUGUCAAAGCCGCCAUCCUCAAGAUUGAGAACGGCCGCAUUUCUCUUAGCUUGAAACCCUCUAAUUUCAGCAAGGAGGAGCUCGAGGAGGACAGUGGAGCUGAGGACGAAGAAGAUCAAAUAAACCAUGAUGAUGCAGAAGGGAUCGAACUGCAUGAGGCUUCUGGUAGCGAAUCUGCAGAUGAUCCUGACGCCGGCAUGCGCUCUCCCGACGAAAGUGAAGAUGAAAUGCAGGUUGACGUGGACAAUGCCCAACUUGAAUAUCAAGCACCCAGGGUAUCGACAUCGAAAGCCCUAGGUCUCACCUUAUCCUCUGUUGGUGGGUUUCAGUGGCCAGGUAUUUCGAAGCCUGAGGACGAAGAGGAAUCGUUCUCUGAGGAUGAAGAUGAAGCCGGCCAGCCUAGCAAAAAGAAGCGGAAACGCAAGGAGAUCGAACAGGAUUGGACUGCUGAUAUGCAUUCCAAGGCCCCAGAAUCGAAUGCUGACUUCGAACGCCUGCUUCUUGGGUCGCCCAAUUCUUCCUAUCUCUGGAUCCAGUACAUGUCCUUUCAACUUCCCCUUUCUGAAGUUGACAAAGCACGAGAAAUCGCUCGCCGCGCUAUCAAGACCAUCAACUUCCGAGAGGAAAAGGAACGUCUAAAUGUUUGGAUUGCUCUGCUCAACCUCGAGAACGUUUAUGGGACAGAUGAAACUUUGGAAGCGACCUUCAAGGAGGCUGCAAAGGCCAACGAUUCCAAGACAAUCUAUCUACGUCUUGCCUCGAUCUCUGAGCAAUCGUACAAAAACGAGAAAGCGGAAGAACAAUACAAACGAACGUGCAAAAAGUUUGGUCAAAGCUCUAAGGUCUGGACGCUUUUCGGAGAGUUCCUGCUCAAGCGAGGAGAGCUUGAAGAGGCGAGAAAGCUACUUCCUCGUAGCUUGCAGAGCCUGGAAAAGCGGAAACAUUUAAAGACGAUCGCGCGGUUUGCUCAGCUCGAGUAUAAACAUGGGGAUGCAGAACGUGGAAAGACCUUGUUUGAAGGCAUCGUGGAUUCCCAUCCAAAAAGAUGGGACAUGUGGUCAAUAUAUAUGGACAUGGAAGCUACGCAGGGCAACAUCCAAGGCCUUAGGAAUCUGUUCGCUCGUGUUUUGACACACAAGAUGACAAGCCACAAAGCGAAGUCCUUCUUCAAGAAAUGGCUUGAGCUAGAGAGACGAAUAGGUGACGAGGAGGGUGCUGAAAUGGUCAAGCAACGAGCCGUUGAAUGGACACAGAGGGCGUCAAAUGGGUCAUAA